AAAAACAACAGCAAAAUUCAGCAGGACUCGGGAUUCUGAACCAAAAUAAAAAUUACUGCCAAACUUCCAGCAGAUCUGCUUUGGGACUGAGGCUGGGACCUGAAAAGCAUCUGAAGGAGGCAAACUGUGCUGAGCAGGUGCUGGGGGAGCAGGGGGCCCAAGGAGACCUUUCCUUGCUGCCCCACGAUGAUCUCUGGCUGAGGGCUCCUGGCCACGUGUGGAGGAGACAGAAAAAGCUUUGCAAGCUCCUUCCCAGCUCUGUUCCACCAAAAGCAAGGAAAUAUUUUUGGAUAGGAGUGUGGGUUGGUGGAUCUUCUUGAAGGAUGGCUGGCCAGGAGGCUGAGGACUCUGGAGCAGAAAUGCAGUCGGAAAAGUCGCGGAUGAUCCCUGGGCUGCCCCCGUACGACAUGGAUGAGCAGCUCCUGCCCGGGCAGCCCCGCAGCCCCUGCUGCUGCCUGGCCUGGACCCUGCUGGUAGGAACCAUGAACUCCCUGCUCUUCCUCCUGAAUUUGCUCCUGAUGUUUGUUAUCUUCACCGUCGUGCUGCUUCCCACCAUCGUGGUGGUUUACUUUGGCUUCCAGUGCCACUCCCAGGUGCUGCACUCCUCUGCCAGCUACUGCAAGAGCGUCCUGGAUGACAACAGCUCCUCUGCCCUCAUCAUCCUGGGCUUUGUCAUCAUGUCCCCCCUGCUGGUGGUGGCCAUGGCCAUUUACUGCAGCCUGGCCCGGCGCCUGCAGCUCCUGGUGUGCUGCCAGCCCUACAGCCUGGCCCUGUACAAGGGGGGCCGCUGGUGCCACCGUGGGGAGGGGGCUCUGUGCUGUGCCAGGGGCUGCAGCAGCCAGCUCAAGGCCUGGGUGUGACCCUGCAGCACCAGCAGUGUCCCCUCCCUGUGCCCCGUCCCCAUCCUCAGCCCUCCCUGGGGAGCUGCUCGGCCAGGUCACCCCGUGCUUCAUCCCAAAAAUCCCCAAAAUCUGCAAGAGAGGGAAAACACAGCGUGGGACAGGUGUGGGGUGGGCAGGGCAGCUUCAUCCUCCUGUGCUUCAUCCUAAAAAUCCCCAAAAUCUGCAAGAGAGGGAAAACACAGCGUGGGACAGGUGUGGGGUGGGCAGGGCAGCUUCAUCCUCCUAAAUCCUCCUGUGCUUCAUCCCAAAAAUCCCAAAAAUCUGCAAGAGAGGGAAAACACAGCGUGGGACAGGUGUGGGGUGGGCAGGGCAGCUUCAUUCUCCUGUGCUUCGUCCCAAAAAUCCCCAAAAUCUGCAAGAGAGGGAAAACACAGCGUGAGACAGG